AUGCCCGAGUGUUUUUCGUCCCUGCAGAUUUAUUUUAGACGACCAUCGACGGCCGUUUCGUUAGACGAACGAUACCGGAUAACAGCGAAGACGGGUGAUCGUCCGCGAGCAGGUACCGACGCCAACGUUUAUCUUGUCCUACACAGCGGAGAAGACCUGGAGACCCCUCCUACCAAACUUUAUACCCGUUUUCACAACGAAUUUAACUGUGGACAGACGGACGUUUACACCGUGAAAAAUAUCAAGUUUGAGGAGGUGUUGGUGCUGGAGAUAUGGAAGGACGCUGCAGGGUGGUACACGGAAUGGAACAUUGACACGAUCACGAUUGAAGACCUCUCGGGCAGCUGGGAUGCCGUGUUCCCAGUGUUCCGUGGGCUCUGGGCGAAAGUAAAUUUGGUCAGUAAGAGAGAACAACGGUCACAGGAACUUAAGGACAAGCGAGAGUUGUAUGUAUACUCGCAGUUGAAAGAAGGAUUUCCGGUGCAAGCAAACAAAGUCCCUCCGGAUGAACAGUUUUCCUUCUGGUAA